AUGAGGUCCGCAAAGCGCGCGUUUCUCACUGCAAAACACGACAGACCCAACGCGGAGCAGGCAGACGUUAAUUACCGAAUAAUGGGGAAUUUCAGAAUUGCUCCCGUUUUGUGUGCAUGCUUGGUCGUGGUGCUCUUUUUUACCAACGCUCGGGCGGGUUCGAUGCCCGUCUCCGCCCCACGCACAAUCAAGUCCACCAUGCGCCAGUCAGUCGAUGGUGACGGGUACGGCGGAGAGGGCUUCACCGUCCGUCCCUUGCUUGACGAAAGACCUCUAGCUACAGCAAUCAUCAUCCACGGGCUCGGCGGAACCGGAGAGGAAUGGGGUAUCAUGAGCCUUGGCAUGUCUGUCUUCUCCCUCAACUACGUUAAAUUCAUCAUCCCUUCUGCCGAGACAAAACCAGUCACCUACCUCAACACGACUAUUCCAAGCUGGUUCGACAUUCGAAGGAUACAGGGUACGAAUUCUGACGUAGAUGAAAAAGACUUGCGUCAGAGCGUCGAUAGGAUUAACAGAAUAAUUGACGGUGAGGUUAGGGCUGGUGUACCUGCAGAGCGGAUUUUCAUCGUCGGGUUCAGUCAAGGUGGUGCCUUGGCUUUGACCACUUUUUUGAGAAGUAAGAGAAAAUUAGGAGGAUGCGUUGGUGUUGCGACAUGGCUUCCUUUGCAUAACUCGUACGCCCCAUUUGGACCAGAGCCUGUUUCAGAAAACGUCAAGGGAAACAAAAUUCUUAUGAUUCAUGGGACGGAAGACGAGGCCGUAGACUUUCGCUACGGACGGCUGAGUAAAGACCGCCUCACUGACAUUGGAGUGCCUGUUAAGUUUACCAGCAUACAAGGAGCUCCACAUGUCAUUUUGUCUGCCGAUGUGAUUCGAUUUAUUGAAGAUUACAUCGCAAGCAAGGCGACAGGCACCAGAAAUUUCCUCCGCACGCUUGUGUCGGACCUUACCAUUACUUUUGGACGUCUCAGUAAUCGCCUAAGCGAAAGGGAGCUUAUACCCAUACCAUGAGUAUCCCCAAAUGUUGUCCUGCAGGAGUGAGCUUCUCUAGAGAAACAAAACUGCGUCCAGAAGAGUAACCCGAUUGGGAAACGACAACAUUUUGCACACACUAAGUCCUGUCCCAACGUGGUGGUCAGGAGGCUUCACUGCACUCUGCCUGUGUAUGGCAUGAAGAGGAUUCGUUCGGCCGGUAUAAUUUUGACAAGGCUUGCUCAUUGCUUGAGCUCCCAAAUGCUUAAUUUGUGGAGGACCGGAGAAUCAACAUUGUUUGAUGUUACCAAUGGCGUUGCAAGCCUUACCCUCCAUGUCUCGUAAUAUCUCACUGUGAUAGACGGUAAUACUUUUUAUUGGUGGCUGUGCAGCAGGCGCAUUCUUCAAAAGCGGAUCAUGAAUCUUAACGCCCUUCAUUAAAUAGCAACUAACGUUCAAAUUAUAAAGUAGUUCAUCGGCAGCUCCAGCGAAUGCAGCAUAGGCCUGGUUCGCUCCUUACUUUCGA